AUGUCACCCCUCAAAUUAUCCCGCAAAGCCAAACCAAAACCACCCCACCCGCAAUCCCAAUCCCCCCUCUUCCAACUCCCCUCUGAACUCCGCAACCAGAUCUGGCGCGAAGCCUUCGGCGACCGCGCCAUCCACAUGAGUGUCGGCCUCAACCGCAAGUGGCUAUCACGCCGUGAAUACCUGCGCCUAGCCCUCUUUGAACUCCCCUCGCGCCGCCGCACAGGACGCACCAUGCCAGGCAUGAAACUCGACCGAAAAUUCGGUCUGGCUGGGACUUGGCGUGGGCCAUAUUCCCUGAAGCGGCCGUCCUGGCAUAUCUGUUUCUGUCACCAGGACGUGACCAAACCGCCGUUUGCGCUGACCAACCCGGCUCUGGGCUCUCUUUCGGCAGUUUGGCGUGAGAGGCACUUUGCGGAUGGGUGUUGCAAGGGGGAUAUGUAUGAUGGUAAAGGAGGGGUCGGUCCGCACGGUAGCGUGAUACCGGAGGAUGCGCGGCUGGGUGUCAUGGGGGUGUUUCUCUGCUGCAAGCGAGCCUACCCCGAGGUGGUCCAAGUCCUGUUCGCCACCAACGGGCUCGUCUUCGACAACGAAGAUGACUACCUGUAUCUCAUCAAACAGCAGGUGCUCGAACCCACCACCAACCGAUUGAUCGACGCCAGCUUCCAACUCAUCACCUCUCUCUACAUCAGUUCCUCCCUCGUCAUCUGGUCCGUAAAGAACUUUCUGUCGCACACGCCCCCCUCGCCGUACACGCCAGCCUCACCCUACACGCCGGCCUCGCGUAACAACACCGCCGUCGACGCGUUCACAACCAUGGUGGAGUUCAUCCCCAAAGCGUUCCCCAACGUACGCCGGUUGGAAUGGCGGCCGUCCAGCAGAAUCGGACUGAGUCGCCACCCCGGGUUGCAGCCCAAUCAGCGCGAGGAGAUGGAGGGGUUUCUGUUUCGGGGCCUGAUGCGCAUGGGGUCGCAGAUGCCGAAGCUAGAGCAGUUUGUCGUGCCCAUGCCCAAUACGCAAAGGUGGUACAGCCGGGAGUUGUUCGAAGCCAUCGACGGUUGUCGACCGGAAGGCGGACAGGAGUUUGAAGGGAAGCAAGCGGGGGGGUUUUACGUGUGGUAUCCGUUUACCAUGCCGGCUGGUGUACCGGGACCUGAGGGGGGGUUUUGGCUGGUGUAUGAUGAUGAGUGGACCUCGAGUGGUGACACUGGUCGGAAUCGGCGGAUGUAUUACGACGAUCCGAACGGCCCAUCUCUAUAUUGGCCGCAUCGGCGGGCCGACAAUCCUCAUUCGUAUGAGCUAUCAGCCGUUUUCAACGCUUACAUGACUCUGGAGGAGCAAGCCGCCAUCGCAAGCUUCCGUAUACUGUGA